AUGCCAGGCACUGUGGCGACGCUGCGGUUCCAGCUGCUGCCCCCAGAGCCGGAUGACGCCUUCUGGGGGGCACCUUGUGAGCAGCCCGUGGAGCGCAGGUACCAGGCGCUCCCAGCCCUCGUCUGCAUCAUGUGCUGUCUGUUUGGAGUCAUCUACUGCUUCUUUGGUUACCGCUGCUUCAAGGCAGUGCUCUUCCUCACUGGGUUGCUGUUUGGCUCGGUGGUCAUCUUCCUGUUGUGCUACCGGGAGCGGGUGCUAGAGACACAGCUGAGUACCGGGGCAAGUGCAGGCAUCGCGCUGGGCAUCGGGCUGCUCUGCGGGCUGGUGGCCAUGCUGGUACGCAGCGUAGGCCUCUUCCUGGUGGGACUGCUGCUCGGUCUGCUGCUCGCUGCUGCUGCCCUGCUGGGCUCCGUACCCUACUACCAGCCAGGCUCCGUGUGGGGCCCACUGGGGCUGCUGCUGGGAGGCGGCCUGCUCUGUGCCCUGCUCACACUGCGCUGGCCCCGCCCACUCACCACCCUGGCCACCGCCGUGACUGGUGCUGCGCUCAUCACCACCGCUGCUGACUACUUUGCUGAGCUGCUGCUGCUGGGGCGCUAUGCAGUAGAGCGGCUGCGGGCCGCCCCCGUGCCCCCACUGUGCUGGCGGAGCUGGGCCCUGCUGGCACUCUGGCCCCUGCUCAGCCUGAUGGGCAUCCUGGUGCAGUGGCGGGUGACGGCCGAGGGGGACUCCCACACAGAAGUGGUCAUCAGCCGGCAGCAACGACGUGUGCAGUUGAUGCGGAUUCGGCAGCAGGAAGAGCGCAAAGAGAAGCGGCGGAAGAAGAGACCCCCGCGGGCCCCCCCAAGAGGCCCCCGGGCUCCUCCAAGGCCUGGGCCCCCCGACCCUCCUUAUCGGCGCAGACCAGUGCCCAUCAAACGCUUCAAUGGAGACGUCCUCUCCCCAAGCUACAUCCAGAGCUUCCGGGACCGGCAGACAGGGAGCUCACUGAGCUCCUUCAUGGCCUCACCCACCGAUGCAGACUAUGAGUAUGGGUCCCAGGGGCCGCUGACAGCCUGCUCAGGGCCCCCUGUUCGAGUAUAGCAGGACAGAUGUUCCCCACCUGCUUAGACUCUUCAGUCACCAGCUCUGCCGGACUGGCCCUGUAGCCCUUGGCUGUCCCUCUCCCUAGCCUGGAGAGGACUGGCCUGGCUGCGAGAAAGAAGACCAGUCUCAGACGAGGCCUGGACAGAGGGGACAACCCCCUCCCAAGCUCCCGAUGGGCUCCUGAGGGACAUGGGGUAUGAACCCCACCGGGGUGUGCUCAGGGUUGUUAGUGUGUUGCCUGUGUGUGUGUGUGUGGAGGGGGUGGGCUUGGAGGGGACAUUGGGACCCUUGCCUUAGAUUUCUGAUUGGCAGGGCUUCUCCAAGGUUGGCCUGCCUCCUCUCCCCCUCUGGGGGCCACGGGCCACCCUCCUGCAUGUCCAUGUGGAGGAAGCCUGCCUUCCCCCCACCACCUCUUGCCUCUCAACCAGACUCUCCAUCUAGGGCUAGGGGUUCUCAUCCUUGUCCAUGGGACAAACUACAGCACUCC